AUGCUAUGUAUAAAUAAAGAGCAUCCCAGAGUAGACCGUCUCUUCUUUCGUAAUCCCUUGAUCGUUGUUUCUCUUCCUUCGAUGAGCACGUCGGCAGAUCCGAAACAGAUCUCAGAGGCCGUCGAUGCCUUGGCAAGAUCUAUUCUUGCGCAAAGGGUCUCCAAGCACCAGAACAAACCAGAACGGCUGCGGAAAUUAGAAUCGUUGAAGCAACAGUUUGACGCUCUUUUACAGGCAGAUCGAGAAUCAAGGCCGUCUAGCAGUUCUGUCGCGACGUCUCCGCUGCGCUUGGACGCUGCUCAGCUCGACAUUGAGCUGCAACAGGGACUAAAGACUGUCGCGGUCGACGGAACCCAAUACGUACUUCUGCCGCUUCUUCAGGGCAUCGGCUCGCAAACGCCAACAGAAGCGAGCUCCGAAUCCGCAAAACCAGCGACGACAAAGAAAAAGAAGAAGAAAAACAAGAUUUCAUGCUCUUAUUGCAACACUACGGGCCAUACCAGGGCCAAUUGUGACCGGAAAACCCCUGCACCUACAUUGUGA